AAACCGGUCGAAUCUGGUGAAAACAAGGAGGUUCGUCGACCGGUUCGACUCAGUCGAAACCCCGAAAGGUCGACCAAAAAAUCUGGUUCGACAAAAGUUCGCGACACCCCUAUUAAAGGAUGGCGGUAGGAUUUACAAAAUAGAAGACCCACAAUCCCCACCGCUGCCCACCGCCCAUUUAUGCUUUCCAUUUCUUUCCCUGCACUGAUGCGCCGUAACAUCGCGGGUUGGCUUUCCAACGAUGCCGUGGGCUCUUUGCCUUUUGUAACCUCAUCGUUUUCAUUUCUAGUUUGUUAGUAACUAGCCGUACAAUGGACAAGUUUCUGUUAGAUUGCAAAAAGAACCUCGGAAAUCUGGAGGCCUUCUCGAAAGUUCAUGUGGUGUUGGGCAACGAAGCCUGCGAUUUGGACUCUGCUGUGUCUGCGAUCGUCACAGCGUACCUGCUUCAUGAGCUGCAGCCUGUUAAAAACAUAUUGGUGGUUCCCGUGCUGAACAUUGCAAGGAAGGACGUUAAGCUUCGGACGGAGAUCACCUACUUCUUCGAGCAAGUGGACAUCCCUCUUGACUCGGUUAUCUGCAGAGAUGAAAUCGACUUGGGGAAACUUCAGUCUGAGAAGAAGUUGUCCCUGACCCUAGUGGAUCACAACCUGCUGCCCAAAGAAGACACGGAACUGCAGAGCUCGGUGCAGGAGAUCAUAGACCACCACAGGCUGGAGACAUCCCACAGAUGUGACAAGACUGUGGAAAUGGUUGGUUCCUGCUGCACCCUCGUUGCUGAAAAGGUCCUGUCCUCAAGAGCAGAUCUCAUUAAUCCCCAAGUUGCCUUGCUCUUGUAUGGCACAAUUCUCCUGGACACUGUGUGCCUCUCUGAGGCUGCUAGGAAGACCACCGCCAAGGACAGGGACGUGGUGGCCAGACUGCAGGCCCUCUUGCCUGAGCUGACAAUGGACGAGGUUUUUAAGUCCCUCAACAAGGCCAAGACAAACGUUGCAGGAUUAACAUUGGACGAGCUGCUCCGGAAGGAUCUCAAGACAGUUUGCACGCCUACUAAGCGCAUUGCCAUAUCUUCCGUGCCUGGCGAGAUAAAGGACAUUUGCCAUGAAAACAGUAUGGAAACGGAACUGGGCAAGUUCUGCGAGGACCACGGGUACAGUGCCCUGAUCAUUCUGGCUGUGGCCGUACAAGAGAAGGACAACACUGUGCAGAGGCAGCUUGCAGUCUUCUCGUCUGACAUCAUGCUCAAGCAGCAGCUCACCUCGAUGUUGCUGGCCGUCGGAGACCCCUCGUUGGACCUGCAGGUGUCCCACACAUCCACGGACAACUUCAUCACCUUCGUCCAGGGAAACAGCCAUGCAUCACGCAAGGUGGUCCUGCCCGUGGUUCGCAAGUUCCUCACUUCACUCGAGGAUAACGUCCUGCCUAAGAUGAAUGAGCAGUCGUCCACCAAUGGUUCUCUCAACACGCUCUACAGUCAACAGUGUACCCCCGCAAGUGCCAGCAGCCCUGACGACACCGCCCUGCGGGACCCGCCAUUCUCACCGUCCGACUCUUCCAACAGCGUCUCUGAGACGGCCAAAGACGGGGUCCUCUCCAGUGGCACAGAGAAGUUCAACGAAGAAGAGAGCGUGAGCACGGCGACCAUUGCGGACCCGCUGUCCCAGACUGCGGCUCUGUACCGUGCCCAGACCCUGGACUUUCCCGACAGCCCCCAGCCCUCCAAGCCUCUUCGGUACAAACUGGGUUCUUGCGUUGAUGAAGAAACGGAUGAUGAUGCCUUAUCAAGAGGAGACCAGUUCUCUCUUUCUGAGGCACGACGAGCCAAUGACGCCGAGAGCCAGCCACUGAGUCUCGCAUCCGAACUGGAGGAGUACUUCGAAGACAGCCUCAUCAGUGGCAAGCUGGCCGUCCGUGGCUCGGCAAGUCGAUCGGCGUUUGAACCCAGCAGCAGCCUGAGCCAACCGGUCGACGCCGAGCCUGAAAGCUUGGGCCUGGCCUCUGACCUGAGCUUCUCCGAAUCGUCGUCGGAUUGCGGCGUUAAGCAUUCCACUCCAAAGAAGGACAGUUUCCCGUUAAAAUUGGGUGGAGAAGACAGUGGGCCCAAAGAGUCUAAUGUACGCUGCAGGGAGUUGGGUUCCGAGGAGCAGGGUGGAGACACCAACGGGUUUCUGUUCCAGGAAAGGGCGUCCGACGACACCCCCGACAAAGAGCUCCUCGCAAAGGUGAAGCGCUACUUUGACGAAAACGAGAUUAAGGAUGUCUACAUUCUGAGCGAGUACCUGCAAGACAGGCUGAGUCCCCGAGAAGUGGACGAGAUCAUCAACAACCACAGCUCCUACUCCGGUUUCAUUGACGACGACCUCAUGGACGCCCUUGCUGGGAUGAAAGCGUCCGGUGCCUGGACGGAGUUUGAAAGGAAGAAGACGCCGCAGGAGAAGAAGGUCAUUGUGCCCAACUUGCAGCCUUUCGGCGACGAGAGUGGCGACUUGCUGGUGACUUAUACGGUAGACGACGCUCAUUGGAACCCUAGGGAAGUGCAGUCGAAACCAAAGGCGGUCAGUGCCGACGCACCCAGCUUUCGGGCCGAGGACGAAAGGGAAGUGCCGUCGUCCUUGAGGAGGAUCGAUCCCGAAGAACACUUCUUGAAGACUUUGAACAACGGCACGUUUGGCAGUGAAACUAGUGCCUCUGCUACCACUUCGCCGACGAUGAAAAAGGAGUUGUCUCCGCCCGUUACGUCCAGUGAAGUGCCAGGGUCGCCUUUGGAAAAACGACUACCAACGUGCUUCGAAGACAGCAUAGAGUCCCUGCCAGAGUCGGAUUUACCGGAACUACAAGAUGUCGAAAUGAACCAUUUGACUUUUUCUCUCCAAGAAGACAGUGAUGGAGAACUGAACCACACCGAGCGCCGGCCAGAGAGGCCGACCAGUCUGAGUGGUGGCUCGCGCCCUCGUCGGCGCAAGAUCAAAGUGAACCCCGACAUUCUGCGCACUCAAGUGAACUUCGACGACGACUCCAAGAGCCUGUCCUCUCUGAGCAACAAGAGUGAUGGGGACGUCUUCUCGCCCGUGGAUGACUUGGUCACACCAGAUAUCGACACUCCGGAUGAGAUGAAUGAUUCUGUGCUUGGACGGGAGGACUCCACGUUAAGCGAACCAAUCCCAGAGCUUUCGGCGAGGGAGGAGUACGCAGAAGAGAGGAGCUGGAGGACAAUCAACGUCGGCGGCGUGGAAAGGAAGAUUGACAUGAAGGUCAUCGAGCCGUACAAGAAAGUCUUGUCUCACGGAGGUUACUUUGGAGAAGAGCGCCACGCCAUCAUAGUGUUCAGUGCGUGCUACCUGCCUGACCGUGGUCGGAGGGACUACGACUACGUCAUGGACAACCUCUUCUUGUACGUCCUGUCAACCUUGGAUCAACUGGUGGCUGAGGAUUAUGUUCUGAUCUAUCUUCAUGGGGCCACUGAACGAAGCAUCAUGCCCAGCUUUGGGUGGCUCAAGCGCUGCUACCAGAUGAUUGACCGCAGGCUACGGAAAAAUUUGAAGGGGCUUUACCUUGUGCAUCCCACAUUUUGGGUGAAGACUAUAGUUAUAAUGACGAGGCCUUUUGUGAGUUCAAAGUUUAGCAGGAAGCUGCGGUUUGUGAACAGUAUAGAAGAGCUGUCUGGCCUGGUACCGCUGGAUCACGUUAGCAUACCAGACAAAGUGAAACAGAUUGAGUUUGAGAUCAUGAUACAAGAAAAGAAGAGGAGGCUGGGAAAUAAGAAAGUGCUGCCAGGGCCCAGACAGCCUAUCGACGACGACGUCUAGUAUUUCUCUUAUUGCACUUCUGCUUUCUCGCAUCAAUGUGUCUGCCAGAUGGAUCUCACAAAAGGGGGUGCCAUUCCUCUUGCUGCCCACGGAUGAGGCGGCCUAAGAAGUCAGUUGAAGGUACACCCAAAAAUCUUCUGUGCCAUUUGGAAGAGGUAAUGUUUUUUCGAGGCUUACUUCUGUUUGGUUGUGUAAACACAGUUUUCCUUUUAGUAUUUAAUUUCUGCGCACAGAUCUCUCUUGGCUGGAAAUCUGUGAACUGUGGUCUCUUGCAGGUUAAGAAUUACAGGGACGGCUCCUCCCACAAAGCCCUCUACUCUUUUUGCUUUACCAGAGCGAACGCUAGAGAGGAAGGAGGGGAGAUGAGGAAACCAUCAAUCAUGGCGAGCAGGGGGCUUUAGGAGAGGUGCUUGUUCCACUGUUCUUAACCUGCAACAGUCUACAGAAGUAUUGUUGCAGGGUGACCCUUUUAUGAUGCAUCCGGUCUAAACUAGCGAGUCUUUCACUGUGGGUUGUAACGUACUACUAAGUGUUUUUUUAAUGUUUUGCUGGAAAUAUUUGUUGUAGGUUACUUUGAGAUCCUUCAGGAAAUUCCUUCUGAGUGGCUCAUUUAACCACGAGUAAGUUGUUAUUAAUGAGACUUGUAAAGAUAUGAAUUUCUAUUUUGAAAAUACCAUUGUCAGCAAUGAAAGAGAAAAAGUUUUCUUCAUUCCAAGAUAUUUUUUGUGCUCUGAUGCAGUACUGGGUCUUGGUUGUAAUUUUAUGUGUCCUUAAUUAUUCAGGAUGAUAGUGAAAACACUGAAUUGGUUUGCAGCGGUAGAUCUGUCCUCAUAAUCUAUAAUUUGGUAAAAAUUUGGUGGCUGAUUUGGUGCAUUGUUGCUGGAAAGAUUAGGUCGUGCAUUAUGCAUAAAGAUGCAUAAAAAAUUAAGUUGAAACAAAGUGGAUUAUAAUAACAAUUGCUAGACUUCUGACAACCCCAAUCUGAAAAUGGUGCAGUGAACUUAAAAUGAAUGAUUGUUUUAUGCGAAAAAAAUAUUCUAAAUUGAGUAAGAUAGGAAUAUUUUGUUUUCAUGAACUACUUACAUUCUCCACUAGCAUUUGUACAAAAGACUUCUAUUUUUCAUUGUAGCAUUUUUUAUGAAUAAAUUGUAGUGUGUCUAAGGCUACCUUAUUGUGGCUGUUAAUGGCUAAUCACAGGGCACAUGUGAAAAUUUUUGAACAAGCAUUUUCUUUGUUAGGAGGCGGGCUGAAAGAUUGUCUUCUGUGGAACUGCCAUUUUGAGUUUGUUUUCAAAGUUCAGAUGUUUGUAAGGCGUGCAUUUGUUUUUCUUGAAAAUGGAUGGGUGUAUUGCGCUGUACGAAGUGUGUACAUAGCUGAAAUAAGAGUGAGCUCACAGGCAAGCCGGUGAACGAUCAUGCUGAGAAAAUCCAGGAGAUGAGGUAACUAAAAGAGGCUUUACCCUUGUGUGUGGUUUUUCUUGUUUUUCUGUUGUUGUUUUUUUUUAGUAGGGGGUACAGUAGGUCACAUUUAGAAAAUUUUUUGUAAGCUUGGUUUGAAGUAAGUUUUUGUUCAUGGAGGACAAUUAUGUAUGUGCAGUUUAGUUCCAUUCUUGUAAGCCCGGUUGACUAAUAACACGUUGACAUAAAACAAAGCUAGUUGAAUGGCAAUAACAUUUUUUGCACAAAAAGAACUGGAAAUAAUUUAACUUCAGCAACAAAACAAUUUGUUCUAUUCUACUUUUGCAAGUAUGUCGAGAUGAGUAUCCUGAAGGUAGGGUUCAUCUUGCUGAGACUGAUUAGUCGCGGCCUGAGUGGCAAGAUCCUCGUUUUAUGACGUAUGCCGACCAUAGUCCUUCGCUGCAGACGUUAGUUGUUUUCCGCGUGUCUCGGACAUUCUCACCAUCGUGUAUUGUUAUGAUAGCCUACGACAGUUGAGCAUUUUAAAGUUUACGACAAGUUGGCAACAUAGAUUAUUUGUAAACGAGACAAGCAGACCGAAUGCUGCGAGCUCCCGCGCUUCGACGGCUGUUUGGAUGAAACGGAAAGCACCGCACGAGUCAUGGUGUUGUGUCCGACAUGAUCAUAUCCGAAACCGAAACUCCAGUGUUAGUGUAAUCCAGCAAGUUCUCCGUGUAAAUAUAUAGCAUGGAAGAGGCACGACCUGCCACUUUUAUUUAUUCAGAUAUUUUGAGAUGCUAUACUAUGUGUGGCCACAAUGGGGGGCUAGAGAUAGAGACUAUUUUCUACCUCCUUACAUGGCGAUGAGAACGUUUUGUGCCCGAGUGUCUCGUUGACGGUAGAGUGUGCAUAGAGUAUUUGUCGUUGCUGUAGUCGGUGACAAGGCGAAGAGGGCAGGGAGGAGCUUCAGCUGUUCCGCCUCCAGCGCUAGCUUUCUACCUUUGACGAGUAGACAAGCGCACGCACCUUUGAGAAGGUGCGUGCGCCCCAGGUGCGCCCCGCACCUGGGGCGCACGCGCGCAGUCAAAAUGCAGCGGAAGACGUGGAGCACGCACUGGGGGCUGUACUAUCGAAAGACGCUUCCUGGCGUUCUCUUUGUCACUGACUAUAACAAGGGCACUAGUUGCAAGCAGUGAAUAUGGGUGCAGCACUGCUUAGAACCGUACCCCUGACACGUGGAUAUUUGCCUCAAUUGUCUCAAAGUGGGCACGCGUCACAUUGAAAUGCUGUUGUUCUACGCGCACAAAUAGAGCUUAGUGCUGUUAUUCUGCUGUAGCAUUGCAGUACUCUCGCUGAACAAUUUCCUUCACAAUUCCUGUAUAAUGUGGCUGUGUCUGUGCAGUGGCACUUAAUUUCUUGCUGUGUGUAUCCUGCAAGUACCUCGAAAUAAAAUUUGCACUGGUAUUGUUGCUUCCUUGA